UUCUGUCCCCGGUCUCCAAAGCUAUUCAUUUCUUAGGCUUCUCGCGAAUUCCUUUCACUCACAAGUCACCGAGUGAACGUGUUAGCAGCGACCAGCUCGGAUUGUGUCUUCUUUGUUGCGCGCCGGCUGCAACCCGGACGAUUGCGUGACCUCGUUCAGUCACAACAAGCUUCAUGGCGACCUCCGGCUGGCUCAACUCGACUGACCUGUGAAGGGGCUCGUCAAGAAGGAGACUCACCCCCCCACCCCCAUCUCUCUCUCUCCCACCUCCCGCCGUGUCACUCCGUCUCCUGCGAGAAUGGCAGCUGCCUCGCCACCGCUUCUGCUGCUGUUGCUGCUGUUGGCCGCGGUGGCCACUCCAUGUGCCAGUGGCCGGGUGCCUUCGGCCAACAAGUGUCUGGUGUGGGGUCCGGGGCUACACACGGCGGUCGUGCUGCCCGCUCGCUACUUCUUUGUCCAGGCGGUGGACAAGUCGGGAGAGAACUUCACUUCCUCGCCGGGCGAGGGCACGUUUAAGGUGAAGCUGUCGGCGGCGGACGGCGCGUUCCUGCGUGCGUGGGUGCAGGUGCUGGACCGGCACGACGGCUCCUUCCUGGUGCGCUACAAGCUGUACGCGUCGUACACCGACCUGCGCGUCGAAGUCACCUACCGUGACAAGCACAUCGCCAAGUCGCCCUACACGCUCCGGGGCGAGGUGUACAACGAGCUGUGCGCGUGCCCACGCACGGACGGCGACCGUUGGUACGCCGACAUGGGCUGCCGCGACAAAUACCCGCAAAUCGCGCGCGACCUCGAGCCGUUCCCCGCCGUCGACCUGGACCACGUGGCACGCGAGGCCCCCAAGCGCUUCGGGCAGUGGCACAGCCUGUGCCACUACACCAUCAAGGAUAACAAGGUUUACAGACGAACGUUUGGGCAACACGUGGACUUCAAGAUGUUCAUGGAUGCCAUGCUUCUCUCUCUCACACGCAAGGUGUGGUUGCCAGACAUGGAGUUUUUCGUGAACCUGGGUGACUGGCCCCUGGAGAAGGGGAAGGCGCCGGACGGAAGCCUUCUUCCCAUCUUCUCGUGGUGCGGCUCGGAGGAGACGCGCGACAUCGUCAUGCCGACUUACGACCUGACCGAAUCCGUCCUCGAGACAAUGGGCAGGGUGUCGCUCGACCUGAUGUCGGUGCAGGCCAACACGGGCCCCGCGUGGGCCAACAAGACGGAGCGCGCGUUCUGGCGCGGUCGGGAUAGCCGGCAGGAGCGACUGGACCUGGUGAAGAUGGUGCGGUCCGACCCUAACUCCACCAUCGAUGCUGCCAUCACUCACUUUUUCUUCUUCAAGCACGACGAGAGCCUCUACGGCCCCACCGUGCCUUCCAUCUCCUUCUUCGACUUCUUCAAAUUCAAAUACCAGCUGAACAUCGACGGCACGGUGGCGGCGUACCGGCUGCCCUACCUGCUGGCGGGCGACAGCCUCGUGCUCAAGCAGGAGUCGCCCUACUACGAGCACUUCUACUCGGAGCUGAGGCCCUGGGAGCACUACGUGCCCUUCCGGCGCGACCUCGGCGACCUGCAGGAGCGCCUCCGCUGGGCACAGGAGCACGACGAUGAGGCGAGGCAGAUAGCCAAGCGAGGCCAGCAGUACGUCCGCAACAACCUCAUGUCCGACCAAGUCUUCUGUUACCACUACAGCCUCUUCCAGGAGUACGCCCGGCGGCAGACGACAAAGCCGAAGGUGUGGGAGGACAUGGAGGCGGUGGAGCAGCCUCCGGACGAGCCCUUCCCUUGCUCGUGCCACCGAGCGGCGAAGGAGAAGGAUGAGCUGUGAGAGGAGCGGACGGUGAUGAAUUGCCGAUUAUCGUGGGACUGCAAGAGUUUUUUUUUUUUGACCAACUUUUUUGCUUUUUACUUUAUCAGAAAAAUAACUCGAUUGCACCAUGAGAGGUCCUAUGGACCUCAUCGCAUCGUACACCCACACACUCUGUGUUGGUCUGUGAGGAAGAGGCUGCUCUCCUUGACGCACCCCGGGAACGAUAAGUUUUAACUGCGCUUCGCCAGGCUAAGGUGUGGCACCUUAGCCAUUGGAGCUGUGCUCAAGGUCGACAGUUUUGAGCGGCGAUUAUAAACUGAUCUGAAGGAAUUUCAACUCCCAUUUGUCUUUAGCCUCACACUACAGUGCUGUGUACUUGCACUCUAUGCAAAACUGUAGGAAACGCUAUUGUGGAAAGUCCACAGGUCGACGAACCAAUGCAAAAGGUUUAUUGUGGGUGGAGACGCGGAACGCCCCCCCCCCCCCCCCCGUCUGUGUCUUCUAUAUUCUAACUGGGCUCGCUGUCUGUACGUUACGUGUGGCAUUGCCCGUGCUCCUGUACCGCAGGUGAAUUCAAUCGGUUGCAUUUACAGCCCCCUAUCACUCGGUUGGUGGAUGAAGUAUCUCCCACGCCAUGUCGGUCGUGGCGGUUGUUUGACCAUACUUCGCCAAGCUGGUUUGUGCGGGUUGGUUAAUUUGCCGACCGGUUCCAGUAUAUUACUCGCCGCUGAAGUCAGCCAUGGCUGGGGAGAGUUACUUAAUGAAUGAUCAAGAGGAUUUGUUAACUUUCACAAUGUGAUUAAUUGAGCUUGAAUCACUAUAUACCCAAUUGAGCUUUACGAUACAAUUAACACUCCUUCCCUGAGGCUACCCCCGUUCUGUGGAGGGGCCGACACUGGUGGAACGUGUGUGGCGCAUGAGUGUAUCGGGCUCCUCGAUUUGGCACCGCAGUUUACGCUUUGUCCGGCGCUUGCUUUAGCCAAGUGGGAAGCUCACGGGGUCUGGGGGGAAGGGGAGCGUGGUGGUGAAACUUAGCGACGCGUCGUCACUUUGUGUUCCUGACGCGUGCUCCUGGCGUUGCCGAUGAGAGAGCUGCCUAUAGGACUGCGUGCGUGCGUGAAAUUGAACAAGCCAUAGCAAAACGUAAUGUUGCAUUCCACGAUUGGGGGAUGCCACGUGGUUUUUGACUUCAGUCUUUUUUCAUUUUAGAAUAGUGAUGUCGUAAAAUGCGUCUUUAAAUCGGGGGUUGUCUCGGGUGGUCCUGCAAUGUUUGUCCUCAUCUCAAAGAAGUUACAGAUCACUGAUGACAGUUUUCUGGGGUGCUACUGACGAAAUUUGGCGUCUCCCGUGUGAAGUGGCAUCGUGGCUGUGCGCAGCAGUCAGAUCAUUGCCGAGAUGGUCGUAAAAAGCGUGCCGUGCCCAGUGGGACAGCGCUGGUUAAUGACGUUUCUUGUGAAGGACAGUAUCAAACCAGUUUAAUAUGUACAUCGUGUCGAAACGCGUUUCUCACAUACGUGUUGAGUAUUGCAAGAGAUUUUAAAGAGGGGGCAUGAGUCGGUAAUAAACCAUGAGGAUGUGAAAGGAUUCCUGAAACAUCUGCACACAAGCGCUAGAUAUUUAUCUGCUUUUGGCAUGAACGAGUUGCUGCUCCCUUCGGUGGGUGGUUUCGCACGCCGUAGGCGAGGGUUGUUGGAUCGCACAAAGAUUGUGAAGCUCCCUUCUCGGUGGGCAUUAAGGCGCCAUACCGUGGCUCGCCUGGGGAACGUGGUACAAGGAAUGUGGACCCCCAUCAUCUGUAGGGGUUGGAGUCUUGCAUCAUCGUUGUUUCAGGUGCUCUCGUGUUGUCUCGCGCUAAUGGAGUUGGCCAAACGUCCAGAGUUAGGGACAACAUGGGAAAAGCUUGGUUUCGUUUGAUGGCUACCUUCCCUCGAUCCCUUUGUGAUAGCCCACACCUCCUGAAUCUAUGAAACCCACGGAGUGCUUUACAGAUUUGUAAUUUUUUUACGGGACAUUCAAGUACGAUGUUGUCAUGAAAUGCCUUGAAAACUAUGGUCAGUAUCAGAACUAAAAGUGCAGCUUCAACCUUGACCGGACCCCUCUUAUGUUGUCAGAUGAAUCCUCGACUUUAUAUUCUAACGUUUUAUACUCUCGUUCACACGAUACACUAUCACGGUUUCCUCCUUAAUCACAACAAGUUGCCUUACAUCGCCUGACCUCGUCAAGUCUCGUUGCGGCCCAGUGGAGCGAUUUUGUAAUCCAGGUUGGGAAAAUGUUUUGCGUAUUUUUAUGAAGAAAAAAAUAUCGAAUAAACGUUUAUUUUUUCCCCCGUCA